AUCAGCGGGGGGCGGGGGGGAGGGAUCCACUGAGCAGAGGUUGAGUCAGAAUUGUCAAAAGGGCAGCUUGGGAAGGAUGCAGAGUGGUCCUCAUCCUGGAAUAAGUGGACAAUCCGCUGGCCAGAGACAGUGGGAUUAAGGCAGAAAUCCUGGCUGGAGUGGGCCUGAGAUCACUCUUUAGAAGGCCGGGUCAGUGGUCUUAGGAACCCGGGUUAGUUGAUCCAGCCAUCAGUCUGAAUGGGCUGAUUCCAUUGUAACAAAACUCCCUGUAGAGGGCACCCACCCCCGCAGCAGCCUGAGUGGGUGUGAACGCUCAGGGAGCAGGAUCUUCACCCUGCAGAGGAGACAGACUGAGUUCCCCGGCUGGGAAAGGUGAUGCCAAGAUUUAGGGCUGGAGUGCACCCUCCCACGGCUGAGGGGUGGUUCACAGAGAAGUCUUCCGGGGUGGUCGGCCAGUGAGGACCAGUAAGUCAGGAGGCUGGUUGUCAGGAGAAACAUUCUGGCGGAGCCUGCUGGUUGCUCCACUGGGCGGUCAGAUGUUGAGAUUGUCAGCUGGAAGCGAUCCAUGUCUUCCAGACCAUCAAAAAGACAGCCAGAGAGGGUCAGUUAGGUGUGGUAUCUGCCAGGGGCAAACAGGCAGCCCACUCUGCCUUUAGCUAGGGACGUUUGGAUGCUCAGAGACAAACAGACAGCCUGUUGCCUGGCGGGAGAGUCAGCCUGAGCCAGAGGCAGGGUCACUUGGAGCCUCGUGUCUCCGGCGGGGCUGGAGGAGGACUGGCGUGUCAGGAAGCAGAGCUGCGUGGCUGCAGAAAGUGUCAGGCAGUCAGCCUGAGUGACAUGCGGGGGGCCACUCGUGGGCUCUGCCAGAACAUCGGAGUCUGGCACGAAUCUCAGGUGGCCGGCGGGCUGGCGAUCUGAGCAACGCCACGCUCUGGGCGGUCCCUCAUUUGGGCAGUGGGAUGGUCAGGACGGCGAGCCGUCGGGACUGAGGGCUGUGCGGGUGGUGUUGCACGGCCACACGGAGUCUGCCUGUCUGGAGACCUCUAGAUGCUCGGUGCCCAGAGACGGCCAAGCCCUCCAGACAUCCAGCCUCGCCAUCCUCACCCCCAAACGGCCCGAUGGCAGCCUCCCAGCUGGCAGCACUGGAAGGAAUGGAUCCAGGGCCUGGGGGAUGGCCCCAGACUGAGGCCAGCCCUGGCUUCCUGUACUCCGAGGGCCAGCGACUGGCGCUGGAGACUCUGCUGGGCGAGGGCGUGGAGGCGUUCGAGGCCUGCCUGCGGCGCGAGGGGCUGCGGCCCUUCCUGGGCGGAGAGGAGCUCCGGGGCCUGGUGGCAGCGGCUGAGGACUGGACGGCUGCGAAGCCUGAGCCCGGCGGGGCAGCAGAGGGAGCCGACACCGCCCAUGGGGUCUCGGGCAGCCUGACCUACUGGCCGGGACAGUCGGAGGAGGCGGUGCCCGUGCUGCGCCUGGGCUGGCCGGAAGACUCAGCCUGGAAAGGGAUCACCCGGGCCCAGCUGUACACCCAGCCGCCUGGCGAGGGCCAGCCGUCCCUCAAGGAGCUGGUGCACCAGGAGAUUCGGGCCGCCCACAAGCUGGUGGCCGUGGUCAUGGACGUCUUUACUGACCCAGAUCUGCUUUCGGACCUGGUGGAGGCUGCCACAUGCCGCUGGGUGCCCGUCUACCUGCUCCUGGACCGUCAGCAGCUGCCCGCCUUUCUGACACUGGCCCAGCAGCUGGGGGUCAACCCCUGGGCCACUGAGAACCUAGACAUCCGAGUCGUGCGGGGCUGCAGUUUCCAGAGCCGCUGGCGUCGGCAGGUGAGCGGCAACGUGCGGGAAAAGUUCGUGCUGCUGGACGGCGAGCGGGUCAUCUCAGGAUCCUACAGCUUCACCUGGAGUGACUCCCGCCUGCACCGUGGCCUGGUGACCCUGCUGACUGGUGAAAUCACUGAUGCCUUCAGCCGAGAGUUCCGGACGCUGUAUGCAGCCUCCGGGCCGCUCCCCGCCGCGCCCACCCCGGGUCCCUUUGUUAGAGCCCUGGGGGUGCUGCAGCUGGCCCACAGCCCGCACCGUGUGGCCCACCGCUGCUCCGUGGCCCCCCUGUCGCCGCCACUACCGCCUGAUGUCUCACUGACCCAACGCCUGGCCGCCUGCCGAGUCUUCGAGGGGGACAGGCAGGAGACCCCGGCCGCACCAGGGCCGGCUCUGAGCGACAUCCUGAGGAGCGUACAGCGUGCCCGCAUCCCCAGCGGCCCCCCAACCCGGCCCAGCCGCUCCCUCUGGGACCUGAGUCGCCUGUCCCAGCUGUCGGGCUCUAGUGAUGGAGACAACGAUGAGCUCAAGAAGUCCUGGGGCUCCAAGGACACGCCAGCCAAGGCCCUGAUGAGGCAACGGGGUGCUGGAGGGGCCCCCGGCGGGGAGGCGGACACCCGCCCGCUGGCCUGGUCCCAGCCCUGGGGCGGCCCCCUGCCCCUCACCCCUGGCCACCACCUCCGCUAUCUGUCCCCAACCCGGAGGAGGUUUGGUAAAGAUGCUGCCUCCAAACUGUUGGAACCCAGAGGCAUCCGGCAGCCAGACGGGGCCACCCAGCCAGGACUCAGGGGGGGGCCCUGACUGGAGCCAAAGCCAAAUGGCUCUGGCCCUGACUCAGGAUGGUCAGACAACCGUCACUUAGAGCCCCCGCCUCCCUGUGGUACCUGUGACAAAGCUUGUGGCCUAGGUGUCUGGGAGAUGCCAAGGAUUUUCCCCCCUAUUUGUUCUAGAAUGCGGGCAAGCCCAGUGCCCACUCUGGACCUCAGUGUCGCCUAGAAAAUGGGCAGGAGGUCUCCAUUAGGCGAGGUCCUAACAGCACAUCUCCUGUUCCCGCCGGGUCAGAACUUCUCUGAGGAGACGCCUGGCUGAGUGGUCCCCGUGCUGGAAUUGUGCGGGGGUGAAGAUGGGGUUCUGGGGUCUGAGGGGAGGCUUCCUGAACCCGCCUGCCCUCAGGAGCUGUGGGGUAAAGCGAGCCUGGCCGCGGAGAAGAGAGAAGCCUCCGGGGGGAGCCGAGCUGAAUCCCGAGGCGCUGGGGAACAGGUCCAGGCCAGCGGAGGGGAAGCCAGCAGGGGCCGAGUCUGUUUCGCAGGGGCUAAGUGGCGGAUUGUUAGGGCUGCCCUUUACCUCUGCUCAGAAUAAAGCUGCUUUAUGCCA